AGCUCGGGGGAACAGAGUUAUGGCUCCUCGGAAGAGACUUUCAAGUGACGCCUCCGCAGAAACCUCUGUGAAGGACAAUGCACCGCGAAAACCCCAAGAGCCCGCCAUUACUGAAUCUCCAAUUUCACCCCCAAAAUGGGGCCUCGUUCUCAAGCUCUCUCUGUUCGUCAUCCCUUACUUGUAUCUCAUCUUCUGCCAUUACAACAUUGAGCCAGAGCUUAGGAGAUCCAUCCUCAUCAAUGCUGUGAUGAGCCUUGCUGGGUUCUUUGUGACCGUCAAAAUGAUCCCCGUGGCGUCCAGAUAUGUUCUCAGGCGAAAUCUGUUUGGCUAUGAUAUCAAUAAGAAGGGCACCGAUCAGGGCACCGUCAAAGUGCCUGAGUCAUUGGGCAUAGUCGUUGGCAUAGUCUUCUUGGUCUUGGCAAUCUUAUUUCAAUACUUCAACUUCACAGCAGAUUCAAAUUGGCUUGUGGAAUACAAUGCAGCGUUAGCAUCUAUCUGCUUCAUGAUAUUGCUUGGAUUUGUUGAUGAUGUUCUUGAUGUCCCGUGGAGAGUGAAAUUACUACUUCCAUCAAUUGCGGCACUUCCUUUGUUAAUGGCUUAUGCUGGUCACACAACUAUAGUUAUACCGAAGCCACUUGCCCCACAUAUUGGGAUAGAAAUUUUGGAUCUUGGAUGGAUAUAUAAACUAUAUAUGGGGCUCUUGGCUGUUUUUUGCACAAAUUCCAUCAAUAUUCAUGCUGGAAUAAAUGGGCUUGAAGUUGGGCAGACAGUGGUUAUUGCUUCAGCUAUCGUGAUACACAAUAUUAUGCAAAUAGGAGGAUCAACAGAUCCUGAAUAUAAGCAUGCACAUGCAUUCUCUAUCUACCUAGUUCAGCCCUUACUAGCUACCUCUUUGGCUCUGCUUUCUUACAACUGGUAUCCUUCCGCAGUUUUUGUUGGAGACACUUAUACAUACUUUGCUGGAAUGACCAUGGCUGUAGUUGGAAUUUUAGGCCAUUAUAGUGAAACGUUGUUGAUCUUCUUCCUGCCUCAAGUGCUGAACUUUCUCUUGUCACUGCCCCAGCUCUCUGGCUUUAUUCCAUGUCCCAGGCAUCGCCUGCCGAGGUUUGACCCUCAAACUGGAUUGCUGACUGGGACAAAUGACGGGACACUCGUUAAUUUUUUCUUGAGACAGCUUGGGCGGAAGUCUGAAAAGUCACUUUGUAUUUAUCUUCUUGUUUUCCAGGCUAUUGCAUGCUGCUUCUGUUUCGUGCUGAGAUAUUUCCUAGCUGGAUGGUACAAAUGAUGCACAAAGUUUUAUCCAUGGGAACAACGGUAGAUGCUCAGAUUUGUUGUAUAAUCAUUCUUGUAGAAAAACUGUAUCGAGGAAUAUAGUUUUUUAAGAUGAGGGAAUGCCUUUUUUUCACAAUUUAUUUUGGUUUCAUUUGAGUCAUGAACCUUGUAUACACUGAAUUCAAUACACUAACAGCGCUGUUCUCUUGGGAUACCUUGAAGAACCAAAAUUUUGUAUAUGCUCAUUGAAAUGAAGAGUUUGAGGAAAGAAAAAGUUGAUUAGAUUGUUGCACUA